UGUUGCUUAGUCACUCAACAAAGAUGGCGACUACUGAAACCGCGAGGGAGAAGGCUUUGGCUAACUACAGAAAGAAGCUUUUAGAACACAGAGAACUUGAUGCACGGUUAAAAGAAAUGAGAGAACAACUCAAAGACUUAAGUAAGGAGUAUGACAAAUCUGAAAAUGACUUGAAAGCACUCCAGAGUGUUGGUCAGAUUGUUGGUGAAGUUCUUCGGCAGCUUACAGAAGAAAAGUUCAUUGUGAAAGCCACUAAUGGUCCUCGUUACGUUGUGGGAUGUAGAAGACAGGUGGAUAAAAAGAAACUCAAGCAAGGAACACGUGUGGCUCUUGACAUGACAACCCUGACCAUUAUGAGAUAUCUCCCUCGUGAAGUUGACCCCCUUGUAUACAACAUGUCUCAUGAAGAUCCUGGCAAUAUUUCUUAUUCUGAGGUCGGAGGACUCAGUGAGCAGAUCAGAGAACUGAGAGAGGUAAUAGAACUUCCCUUGACAAAUCCAGAACUGUUUCAGAGAGUUGGAAUCAGUCCACCAAAAGGCUGCCUUCUGUUUGGUCCUCCAGGAACUGGCAAGACAUUACUUGCUAGGGCUGUUGCUAGCCAGUUGGAUGCUAACUUUCUUAAGGUUGUGUCUAGUGCAAUUGUUGACAAGUACAUUGGCGAAAGUGCAAGACUUAUACGAGAGAUGUUUGGUUAUGCCAGAGAUCACGAGCCUUGCAUCAUCUUCAUGGAUGAAAUUGAUGCCAUUGGUGGUCGACGCUUCUCAGAGGGUACAUCUGCCGACAGAGAAAUUCAAAGAACACUCAUGGAGCUGCUUAAUCAAAUGGACGGCUUUGAUGCUCUAGGACAGGUGAAAAUCAUCAUGGCAACCAACCGCCCUGAUACUCUCGACCCAGCCCUCCUCAGGCCAGGUCGUCUGGAUCGGAAGAUAGAAAUCCCGCUUCCUAACGAGCAGGCUCGUAUGGACAUUCUAAAGAUUCAUUCAGCAAAGAUUACAAAGCAUGGAGAUAUCGAUUACGAGGCAGUAGUGAAGUUGUCUGACGGAUUCAACGGUGCCGACUUGCGGAACGUUUGCACUGAAGCAGGAAUGUUCGCCAUUCGUGCAGAAAGAGAUUACGUUAUCGAGGAGGACUUCAUGAAAGCUGCACGUAAAGUCUCCGAUAACAAGAAGCUGGAGUCGAAGUUGGAUUACAAACCAGUUUGAUAUGGACCUGAAAUUUCUGUUGCUAUUUUGUUAUAUCAUGUAAAACACUGUGUUUCCUUCAAUAAAUCUCAGAAAAGAAAAAUGAGA